AUGGUGCAGCACGACUUUGGCGGGCUUGAUACGCCUCGCACCAACGUCGGUGAUGCCACAUAUAUGGAUCGCGAACCCGAUUUCGACAUGACGCAGGAGCCCUCUUUUCAGUCGCCUGCUAAGGACAACAACAUCCUUCAUCAAAUGCGCAACGGCCGUUCCGGUGCCGUCAACCUCAGAACCCCACGCGCUUCUCGCGCAGCCCUGACAGAUAGGCGAAAUCAGCUGCCGCAAGGCAUUGGGGGCAACGAGUUCACCCCCAUGCUCAAAUCUGCCACGAGGAACAGCGCAAGGAAAUUUGGCAAGGAGAACAGGAAAAGGAACUCAACGCCCGGCGCACUCAACAGGAUUGUUGAAGAUAUGGACAUGACCAACGUCGCCGUGGAGUCUUCUCUUUACGGACCCUCUAGAGGCAGCAAUUCGUACAUAGACGCCACACCCAUGCCACACGUAGACGACAGCAGCAUAGCAUCAACACCAAUGGUUCUGCCCCCACGUCGCGGUGCCGACAAGGGUCCCCUCAACGACGGCAACCAACUCUCGCUCCGUGAACAGGAGAACGUCAUCGAUAGAAUCGAAAAGGAGAACUUUGGCCUGAAGCUCAAGAUUCAUUUUCUCGAAGAGGCACUGCGCAAGGCCGGCCCCGGCUUCAGCGAGGCCGCCCUGAAGGAAAAUACCGAGCUCAAGGUCGACAAAGUCACCCUUCAGCGCGAACUAGCCAAGUACAAGAAGCAGUUAGGCAAUGCCGAAAAGGAUCUGGAGACAUAUUCGGAACAGAUCCUCAGCAUGCAGGAGAGGGCCAAGAAGAAGUACGCCGACGAAAGCCAGAAGAUUGAAAUCGAAAAGCUCAAGCAAGACCUCGAGGACAAGGCGGCCGAUCUCGAGGAUCUGCAGCGGCAAGUACAACAAGGCACGCAGGACUCGGACAGGAUCGAAAAACUGGAGGGAGAUAUCGGCGAUCUGGAGGCCGAUAUUCGACAAAAGGACAACGAGAUCAACGAGCGUGAAGAAGAGAUUGAGGGAUUGAAAGACAAAGUCGACGAGAUGGAGGAGAAAUGGAAAGAUGCCGAGGCACGACUAGCAGAGCUCGAGGAGAAGGCUCAAGCUGGUGAAGAUUUGCAGGAGGCAAAGGAAACCAUCGAGGAUUUGGAGGCCAGCGUGCGCCGUCUAGAGGAUCAGAUCGAGGGCUUUCAGGAAGAACUUGAGCAAGCCAAGACUGACAAGGAACGAGCCGAAACUGAUUUGGAGGAGCUCCAGGAGGAAAUGUCCAACAAGUCUGUCGUUACCAAAGGAUUCUCACGCCAGCUGGAUGAAAAGGUUGCUCGCCUGCAGAGCGAGUUGGAAAAGUCUCAGGAGAGAUAUGCCUUCCUCGAACAACAAUCUGCCGAGAAGGAAAAGUACACCAGCGAAUUGAAGUCAAAAGCGAAGCAGCUCCUGCAGCAGAGGGACUCUUGGGAAACAGAACGACAAUCGCUGGAAACGAAACUCGAGCAGGCAGAAAAGGACUUGGGCGCGCGCACGGAUGAGAAGAACCUUCUGCAGCUCCGUCACGAUGCACUAGGAGCCGAGUCGGCUUCGUUGCAAAACGACGUGAGCCGUCUACAGAAGCAGAUCACCCAGCUCGAGCAAAGCUUGGACGGAGAAAAGGCACAUGCCUUGCAGAUCGAGCAAGACAUACGAGCACAGUUCAAGAGCGAUAUCGACCACCUUCAAGACGAGAUUUCUCGCCUCCAGGCUCAAGUCCGCGAAAAAGAUAAUUUGUACGACAAUGACAACGAAAAGUGGGAGAAUGAGAAACGCAGCCUCGAGUCUGAGCGCAAUCGCGCCGAUGAGCGCGCUGCAGGCCUUCAACGAACCAUUGACAAGUUGCGAGAAGUUGAAGGCUCUCUGUCGGGUAAGGAGACGAAACUGCAAGAAGCGCUCAACAGCGAGGUUGAGCGCCACAAGAGCGAAGAGCAGUCUCUUAGCCGACAGAUUGAGAGCCUCAAGCAAGACUUGCAGGCGCGUCAGUCGAUACUCACCGAUCUUCGCACAGAAGUUAGUACUGUCCGCGAAGAGCUCCAUCAAAGUCAGCGAGACUACCAAGCGCAAGCUGAAAAAGUUGAAGCUCUCGAAGACGAAGUCGAGGUUCUUCAGUCUACCCUAGACGAUGAGUCCGAAGAGGCGGGCCAGAAACUGGCUCAAGCGCAACAAGAAUGUGACGAUUUGCGACAACGCCUUCGAGCUCUUCAGGGCGACAUGGACGACGCCCAGGCCAAUCGACAAGUUUCUGCUUCUCUUUUGCGUCUAGAAUCUCAACUUUCCGAUGCCAACGCCCAGCUUACUCGAGCGGCCAAAGAAAAAUCCUCUCUGCAGGAUCAGCUCGCAAAGCUAGACUCGGAAGUACGCUCUAUGCGUGCCUCGCUUGCCGAGGCAAAGGCUGAACGUGAGGAGGCCGAAGAUGAGCUUCGCCGCUUCCGUCAGCAAGACAAUGAUACCUAUCGUGUUGAUCAGGAGCGCAUCGAUCUACGAACCGCCAAGGUCAAACUCGAUAGCGAAGCCCGCCGUCUACGGGAUGAGAAUCGCUUGCUUGAUGAAGAAAGAGACGCCGUCGAAAAGGCGCUUGCCGACGAAGUCGACAGAGCUGCCGCCGAAGAGGAACGACUGAACAAGGAGAUUGUCAAAUUGCAGUCCAGGAUGCGCCAAUCAAGCGGCAAUGAUAGUCAGGAGCUCACAGCUGCGCGGCGCACCAUCCGGGAGCUGGAGCGCAAGAUUGACGAGUACGAAUUGCAAAUAGCGUCAAGGUCGAUAUCUGCCGGUGCUUCGCUGGGCGCUGAGGCAGAAGGCAACUCGGAGAUCUCCUUGAUGCGCAAGGAUCUGUCUUCGGCCCGACAGAAGGAGCUCGAAUUCUUGCAACGAGAAGCCGACCAUAGAGACACCGCUCGUGGCCUGAAGAGACAGAUUGCCGAUCUCGAGCGGAAGCUUCACGAGUCAGAGAUGACACACCUAAUCGAAUCCCCAAAUGCGUCUGGCUCUAACUCGGCAUCAGCCCGCAAGCAGGAGAUCUCGGAACUCAGGCAUCAACUAAGCACUGCCAACAAGUCCUUGCAAGAAAUGCGCCGUAAGCUCCGGGAUGCAGAACGGUCAACAUCAAAGAACUAUCCUGCUCAUGAUGAUGUGGUUCGUGAACUGCAGGCACAACUCGAGGAUCUCGAAGAUGAGAAAAUUGCCCUCGAGUAUGAGGCGGCAGAUACGCAGAACGCAAUGGCCGAGCUGAAGAGCCAACAUGAGAGAGCAGUACGCAAACUCGAACAUCAGAUCUACAAGCUGCAAAACUCUAGCUCAUCUCGCCACAACAAGACGGAUGGCCAUGAUAUUCUAGAGCCCAAUGAACGCCAGGAGCUACGUGCUAUGCUUCGCGAGUCACAAGCCGAAGUGCAAGCUUUGGAGCACGACAUCCGUCAGCAAGCCUCGUCAAUCAAAGCCUACGAGGGCGCCCAGAGCACUAUGCGACAGAAGUUGGAACGGGCGCGAAGUGAACGGGCUAACUACAAAUCCAGAGUCCUCAAGCUUGAGGACGACUGUCAGCGCCUGGCUGACGGUGCCCAGAGUGCCAUUUCUUGGAUUGAGACACACAAAUCCUCGUCGUCUACGUCGGCCUUGGCUGCGCCCACCUCUGCAGCUUAUGCGGCUGCAAAGGAGAUUGCGGCUGCGCACCGCACAUCGAUUCGCUCCGCUUCAGGCAACUUGGUGCUAGAUGUCGUUGAUCAAGCCGACCACGAAGCCGUGAUUCGUGCAGCCGACGAAGCAGCGCGACGCCAUGAGAAGGAACUCAGAGGCCUCGCCAUGCAGAUGCGAUGGAUGCAGGCACGCUGGGAAAGAGAGGCUAAAUUGAGGACCGACGCUGCAUUCGCAAAGAAAUUCCUGGAGCUACGCCUCAAUGUUGCCGAAGCUUGCAAUCAAGCAGAUCUUCGCAUCUUGUCCCAGAUCCACAAGCAGCUGGGUAUCAAGUCUCCGGAGCAGCUUCUGCAGUCUCACAAGACACACACAUCAUCUCGGUCAUCAACGACACACCUUAGAGCCAGCCCAACACAAACUCGAGCGCAACGCAAUCUUCGUGUAUUUGCUAGUGCUAUUCGAGCUGUCGCAAGAAUGCGAAUCAGCGCAAAGGCAUGGAGUAAACACGAGAAAACGAGAAAGAGGUUGGAAGUGGCUUGGGAGGAAACCAAGAAGCGAGAGCCUGUCCGAAGAUGGGAAACAGAUCGCGAUGAUACUCAGGAUAGUCAUGACAACGACGAUCGUGGCCACCCCAAUGGAAGAAUUUUGGAGGACAAGGGACUGCAGAGGAACGGCAGGAAGAAGAGCCGGCGAAGCCGCAGUGGUGGUGAUGGAGAUGAGGAUGCUUGUAUGACUUUGAAUUUUUAA